AUGUCUCAGUCAGGAGCCUCCGUUUCUCAGGAAUGCAUAAACGCAUUCAACGACUUGAAGUUGGCCAAGAAGUCCAAGUUCAUCAUCUUCAAGCUGUCCGACAACAACCGUGAGAUCGUCGUCGAAGAGGCCUCUACCGAUGGUGACUGGGAGGUCUUCCGCGAGAAGCUCGUCAACGCCCAGCACGUCAGCAAGACCGGCGCUGUUGGCAAGGGUCCCCGCUACGCCGUCUACGACUUCGAGUACCAGCUUGCUUCCGGUGAGGGUUCGCGAAACAAGAUCACCUUCAUUGCCUGGUCGCCCGAUGAUGCUGGUGUCAUGGCCAAGAUGGUGUACGCCUCCUCCAAGGAUGCGCUCAAGCGUGCUCUGAACGGCAUUGCCACCGAGAUCCAGGCCAACGACCAAGAUGACAUUGAAUACGACACCGUCCUGAAGACCGUCAGCAAGGGUCUUGCCUAA